AUGUUUACUCGUUCAGCAAUUGCUGCAAUCUUGGCAGUGGCGCCAGCUAUCCUAGCUGCCCCUGCCCCCGCUCCUCAAGUCACCGAGCCAGCAUCCUUCGGUCCUGAUGUCCAGGUCUCAUACCAAGCUCAGAGUACCGCUGGUCCGGACUACCCACUCGCCGAGGAGCUCGGUGAUGGAUACACCAGCGCCACGUACCAUGGUCCUUACACCGGCACGCCAACAACCACCGGUGCGGCGAAUGGACCAACCACUCUUGCCGCCUCCAUCCCGCCCUUGCCAUUGAACCCGACGGCGACCUACUACAACACUGGUGGCAAACCAAUCAACCCUUUACCAGCUCCAUAUACACCGGCUGGCGGUCUGGGCACGAACGGCACGCUCCCACGCUACAUGGUGGAGAGUGACUUUGAUUACGAGUCGAUCGCGUUGGGCUUAUAUCAGGAAUGGAUCGAGCUCGAUCUCUUCCACGACGGCCUCGCCCGCUUCUCCGAAGCCGAAUUUCUCGAGGCCGGCCUCACUUCUGAGUACAUGUCCCUCAUCGAAUUCAUGGCCGAUCAGGAAACCGGACACUCCACCCUGUUGACCAACAUGCUCGGCGAGACUGCACCCAAGCAGUGCGUCUAUGACUAUCCAUACAACACCGUCCGCGAAUGGCUCGACUUUAUGCAGCGUCUGACUCGUUUCGGAGAAUCAGGCGUCUGGGGUUAUAUCAACCAUCUCGACUCGCGUGAAGUCGGCCAGCUUCUGGCUCAGUCCAUCGCUACCGAGGCUCGCCAGCAGCAGAUCUUCCGCCAGAUGAGCGGUCUUACUCCGAUGGAUGUAUGGUUCGAGAACGGCUGGCCUCAGUCGUGGUCAUGGACUAUGCUCGCUCCUUACAUCAGCUACUGCCCAGAGAAUCAGACUCGUCUCGCAUGGCAAAAUUUCCCCGUUCUUCACAUUUUGAACAACGCCAACAUCAACCGCUACUCGCCCAACGACACCGCCCAGGAUGGUAGCGAGGUCACUGGCUCCCGUAUCACUGACCCGUCGAUUUCCAACCUAACCGAUUGGACACAACAAAUCAGAACCCCUCUCCUUCCCUUUAUUAUUUAA